GUCUUUGCUACGAAAAUCUCUUCUGCCCUUCUCUCACGUCAACUUCGCAUCCACGCUUGCCAACAUGGCGACCGACACACCCAGCGAGUCUGACCAUGAGAGCACUGACACUUUCAUCACGUCCGUGGCGAUUGAUCCAGAUGCUGUCACCACGACCUCCCUGAGGGCUCUUCAGUCUGCAGAUCAGCGCAAGGUCAUGGACAUUGUAGACAAGUUGCGGCGUACUGGUCUCAGUGGUAUCGUAGAGUUGCCACAACUUGUAGUCUGCGGUGACCAGUCCUCGGGCAAAAGCUCUGUGCUCGAGGCUAUCACGGAGAUUCCAUUUCCUCGGAAGGAGAAUCUUUGCACGAGAUUCGCAACUGAGAUUAUCCUUCGCCGUUCGCCCUCGUCUACUAUCUCGAUCACGAUAACUCCCGACAAGGUCCGCCCGAAGCCGGAGCAAGUGAAGCUUAAAACCUUCAGCAAGUCCAUCGACGACUUCAGCGAGCUUCCGGAUAUCAUCGAAGAAGCUACGCAGGCGAUGGGUCUCGGGGUUGUAGGUGGAACCAAUUCCCGGGCCUUUUCUCGCGAUGUGCUUUCUAUCGAGAUUACUGGUCCGGAUCGCCCACAACUCACGCUCGUCGACCUCCCAGGUCUCAUCCAUGCCACGAACAAGGCUCAGACGGAAACUGACAAAGAACUGAUCCUCAACCUCGUCAGAGAGUAUAUGAACAACCCACGCACCAUCAUCCUCGCCGUUGUCAGCGCGAAGAAUGACUUUGCCAAUCAGAUUAUCCUCGAUCAUUGUCGUAAGAUCGAUGAGCGAGGUCGUCGUACGUUGGGCAUCAUCACCAAGCCUGAUUUCCUCUCAGAAGGCUCCGAAAAUGAGCUCAGCUGGAUCGAUUUAGCUCAGAACAAGGACAUUUAUCUGGAGCGUGGUUGGCACAUGCUCAAGAACCGCGGUGACAAACAGAUGAAAUUCACCUUUGAACAGCGCAACCACGACGAGAAGCUCUUCUUCAGCAAAGGCCGAUACGCUGAUAUUCCUCGUGAGUGUGUCGGCAUUGACUCGCUACGAGAUCGUCUCAGCAAAGUCUUACUCAAUCACUUGAUCAAGGAAUUGCCUUCGCUCAAAGACGAGAUGGCACACAAGCUGCAAGUCACGCUUGAGGAUGUCGAGAAGCUGGGAGAGAAGCGUGAAACCUUCAAGGAGCAACAGAUGGUAGUCAUGAAGAUCAGUAUGCGCGUCAAUGACAUUCUCAAGUCUGCAACAAAAGGCUACUACGAUGCACCAUUCUUUGGAGCGAUCGACAUGAAAGCGGAUGUUGACGCGUCGGAAAACAUUCGUCGCUUCCGAGGUGUCGUCCAGCAUCUUAACAUCGCUUUCGCCAAGGACAUGCGACUAAGAGGUCACAAGUUCGCGUUUGGUGCCGGACCUGGUGAUGACAAGCAGGACACUGAAGAGGAAAAGAAGGCCCAGGAAGAGCUAGAGAAGCUCGGAGACGAUGCAACUUUGUCCUUCCUGCCCAAGCCCAAGAAGCUUACACGCGAAGAGGCCAUUGACUGGGUCAAGAAGACGCUGGAGCGUUCUCGAGGUUACGAACUUCCGGGUACAUUUCAGCCUAUGCUGAUCUCACAGUUGUUCUGGGAGCAGUCUCUUCCAUGGGAACAGAUAGCCUCUGAGCACAUCAGUAGGGUCGCUCGUGCUUGUAAGGAGUUCGUGUACAUGGUUCUUGGAGAAGUUGUCCCGACGGAGUUUCAAGAUCGACUUGUAGCCCUAAACGUGGACGCCGCUCUCGCCAAAUCUUUGAGCGAUGCGAAGGAAGAGCUGCGUAAGGUUCUCAAGGACAAAGCCCGUCACCCAAGCACAUACAACAACUACUUCACUGCCACGAUUCAGAAGACGCGUCAACGGAAGCACCAGAAGAUAACCAAGGAUGCUGCGAAGUCCUCGGAAGAGGCUGUGGUGGAUCAAGCAGGAGUAACUCAUACCAAAGUCGAUGGCGGCAAGUUGGACAAGGCGAUGGACAAAGCCAUCGAGCAAGACAUGGAUGUCUUCUCUAGUCAAGAAGCUCUCGAUACUCAGCGCGCAUACUACAAGGACGAGCUCAAAUACUUCGUAAACGCCAUCGCAAAAACCAUCAUCGAACGCCACCUUGUCGAGCCUCUUCCCGAUGUCAUCCUCUCACCCCUCGUCGUGACCCAGAUGACGGAUAAGGAGAUCGAGUUCGUUGCCGCUGAGGCACCCGAGAUCACUCAGCAGCGCUCGCACCUGGAGUCGAGGAGGGUGAUGUUGGAGAAGGGCCUUGAGACAUUCAGGGAGGCUAUGGGGGGCUUGAAGCGAUAA